AUGUUAGCAGAUGAAAAAGAAGCUUAAUAAAGUAAGAAUAGAGAACAAGUCAUUCAUGCAGAAACUUUGAAUAUGAUGGCAAAAUACUAAUUAAUAUUUUUAAAGAUGGAAAUCUCUAUGAGAAAAGUUGCACUUAUACUAAAAUUAAAGUAAUACUAACUGUUAAUAGUAGAGGAAACUAAUAAAAAUUUUAUGCCUUUAGAAAACUUAAGAAAACAUGUUCAUAUAGUGUUAAUCAUUUUAAAGUUUUAUUUAGUUAAAUAGCAUUAAAAUAUUAAUAAGUUGGAAUAAUUAUUCAAAAAAGAAAAAAAAGCAAUAUACAUUUUGCUUUUCUAAAAGUUCGAUUCUUAUUUCCAAAAAAUAAAAAUGAUAAAAUUAGAAGAUCAUUUUUAUAAGUAAUUGCUUCUAAAGAUGCUGAAAUAAAAAAUCUAUAAAUCAAAGAAUAAGAAAUUACAGAAAAUAUUACAAAUUAAAAGUUAAAAGAAUAAGAGCUUUAAUCCAAAUUAAAACAAAAGGAGUUAAUUUUAACUUAACUUGAAAACGAAUUGAGAAAGAAUUCAGCUAACAAGACUCUUGAUUCAAAAGUAUUUAUUGAUUAUAUUAAGUUACGAAAUUUGGAAAUAGAAAAUUAAGAAAUGUAAGAUCGUAUUAUGGGCACUGAAGAUUCAGUUAGUCUUUUUAUAAGAGAAAUGAAUGAUAUGUUGGAUAGUCAUGAAAUUAGUACAAAUUUAGGUAUUUUGUUUCAACAAUUAAAUAGGGAUAGAUUCAGAUGAAAAUUAGUCUUAUGAAUAACCCCCUUAAGUUAUUGAAUAUUAAAGCCAAAGAUUGAAUCAAAAUUCAAGACAAUAAAAAUCUAAGAACUUUUACUCUAAUUAAUUGACAAGGAGUACUAAAAUUAAUUGA